GUUAAAUUAGUAGAAAUGUAUAAAACUUUUACUAUUUUUUGUGUGAUUAUUUAUUCUUUUUGUUUAUGUGAUAAGGAGUGUGGUUUAGAACAUAUAGUUUGCAAAAAAUCUGCUAAAUUUAGAAGCAUUGAUGGAUCUUGUAAUAAUUUAAAUAACCCCAUUUGGGGCACAAGAUAUUCAGUAUACGAUAGACUACUUCCACCUAAAUAUGGAGACAGUAUGCAUACGUUUCCUACAGCACUUAGUGGUAAAAGUUUGCCCAAUCCACGAAAGCUGACAAGUACAAUUUAUAAACAUGUUAUGCCGGAAACCGUUUCACAGAUCAGCCUAAGUACCAUGCAAUAUGGAAACAUAGUAGUCAAUGACAUGAGCUUCGUAUAUUUACCUCCAAAUAAUAUUGAUUGUUGUACAAAAAACUUGCAACUUUUGGAUAAAAAAGAUGAGCCUAAAGAAUGUGCACCAAUUCAAAUACCAAGUGAUGACCCUGGAUUUAGUUACAUAAAUGCUACUUGCAUAUCAAUGACACGUACAAUUACUAACAAGGAAAGAGCUUGUUCACAAUUACUAAAUUAUAACGAACAGUUGAAUCAAGUCAACAGCUACUUGGAUUUAUCAAUUAUUUAUGGAAACACUUAUAAAGAUCACAAAACAAUUAGAUCAUUUCAAAAUGGAACUCUAUUAGUAGAUAUUAGAAAUAACCACGAAUGGCUCCCUAGUUCAGGUUCAGAUAAGUCAAAUUGCGAAGGAAAUUUAAAUUCUGCUGAAAUUUGCUAUCGUUCAGGUGACAAAAGAACUAACAUGAGUCCCCAGCUAACCUUAUUACAAACCCUAUGGGUUCGAAACCAUAAUAAUCUCGCAAGAAAUCUCCAAAAACUAAACCCGUACUGGAAUGAUGCCAGGCUAUUUGAAGAAGCUAGACGUAUUAAUAUUGCUGAACAUCAAUUUAUAUCAUACUACGAGAUGUUACCUUUAUAUCUUGGAAAAGAAAAUCUCGUCAACCGUAAAAUCUUGUACAAUACUGAUGAGUUUGUUAAUGAUUAUGAUGAAAACAUAAGACCUCACAUAUUUAAUGAACAUGCUCAGGGUGCUUUUAGGCAAUUCCAUUCUCUUAUUGCAGGAAAGUUAAGUGUUUAUAAUCCAGAUGGUUAUUCGUACGACAGUCUUGUACUCAGAGACCAUCUUAACCGUCCAGUGGCUUUAGAAAAGUUUAAACUUUUUGAUGGACUAAUUCGAGGAUUAGCCAUGCAAAAUCAAAUGGAAUCUGAUAUUUACUACGAUCCAGAAAUAACUCAGUGUGCCUUCUUACAUCAGUUGAGGUUUAGAGGCGAUUUAAAAUCUCUGGACAUCCAAAGAUCCAGAGAUCAUGGUAUAGCAUCUUAUAAUGACAUGAGGUCUUAUUGCGGUUUAAAAAAAGCAAAAAAAUUUAACGAUUUCUUGGAUGUAAUGGAUCAAGAAAAAUUAGAUCUUCUGUUGCCAUUUUACGAAACCCCUGAUGAUGUAGAUUUAAUAGUUGGAGGAUCAAUGGAAAGAAACGUAAAAGACACUCUAGCAGGUCCAACCUUUCUAUGCAUUCUUUACAAGCAAUUUUACCGAACCAGACGAAGCGAUAGAUUUUGGUUUGAAAACGAAGCUAAUGGUUUAACAUUAAAACAACUGAACGAAAUUCGAAAAUUUUCUAUUUCUAAAUUAUUUUGUGAUAAUGGAAAUAAUAUUACGCGUAUGCAGAAACAUGGAUUUUUGCCAGUUUCAGAAAGAAAUCCACGUUGCUCGUGCAAAGAUAUUAAUGGACCAAAUUUACUCUUGUGGAAACACAAAAAAUAAUUAAUUAUUGUUACAGUACAUUUUAGCAAAUAUAACUACAUAUUAAACAUUUUCUUUUAAAUAUACUACGAAAAAAAAUUCUGUUACUUAUUUAAAUAAACCUUUUGAAAAGUAACAGUAAGAAUAAAAAAUGUGUAGUAACAACAAAUGUAUGUAGAUUUAAUAUGAAAA